GAAUCCAGAUGCAGGCCAAGUACAGCAGCACGAGGGACAUGCUGGAUGCUGAUGGGGACACCACCUUGAGCCUGCAUUCUCGAGCGUCUACUACAACCCAGCGGCCAGAGCCGGAGCGCACAGAGCACCAGCCCCGCUCUUCAGCUUGGCGUCCAGUGGCCCUGACCCUGCUGGCUUUGUGCUCGCUGCUGCUGAUUGGCCUGGCAGCACUGGGGCUUGUGUUUUUUCAGUUCUACCAGCUCUCCAAUACUCAACAAGACAGCCUCUUUAAAAAGGAAGAAAGAUUGGGGAAUCUCUCCCGACAGCUGCAAUCUCUCCACGCCCAAAACAGGAAGCUUGCAGAAACUCUGCAGCACGUGGCUGAAAAACUUUGUCGAGAGCUCUAUAACAAAACUGGAGAACACAGAUGCAGCCCUUGCCCAGAAAAAUGGAAGUGGCAUGGGGACAAAUGCUACCAAUUCUAUAAAGAGAGCAAGAGUUGGCAGGGCUGUGAAUAUUUCUGCAUUUCUGAGAACUCGACUAUGCUGAAGAUAAACACACAGCAAGUGCUGGAGUUUGCCAUGCCUCAGAGCUACUCUGAGUUUUUCUACUCUUAUUGGACAGGGCUAUCCCGCAAUGGCAGUGAUAAGGCCUGGCUGUGGAUGGAUGGAGCCCACUACUCCCCUGAACUGUUUGAGAUUAUAAUAGACUUCACUAGCCUGAGAAGCAGAGACUGUGUGACCAUCCUCAAUGGAAAGGCUUUCUCGAAAGACUGCAGAGAGUUGAGGCGGUGUGCUUGUGAGAGAAUAGCAGCAAAAGUGAAGCUUGAGAGGCUCCAUUAGCUUCUCUGAACCAUAGAGGUGAUUGACUCUCCAGCUACAAAUGCAACUUCAAGCUUCCUCCAGAAAACCUGAAGAUCAGAACAAAAGUCAAUCUCUUUAUGUGCACCUCUUCUAGUUUGGUUUCACUUCCUAUUUCCUUCCAUUUGAUCCAUGUUCAUACAACAAUUCAACAAAACGGUUGAGCCAAACCAUCUCAAUGCAAGAGAUAUUUCAGACAUUGGGAAAUGGAAAAAAAUCAGGAAAGGCAAUCUCUCUGACUGGUACAAGAAGGUUUUUUGUGUUUCCUGUUCAGGAUCACCAGCACUUCUGAGUUUGGAUUCAUGCAUAUAUUUUCCAGUCACAAAGAAGUCCUAUUUAUGUACCACCAAGCAGCCUCAGAAACUCACAAAUUUGUUGGAAUCCACCUUCUUAACUUAGAGAUAACUUUCUAGUGUUCUUCCUUCUCAGCAUCGACUAUCAUCUUCCGGUUUCCAUGUCUUCCUUAAUACCUGGAGAAGUGAAAAACUUACUGAAGUAGCACAAAUAAAUGUAUGUAACAUUCUUUGUCCCAACAGUCAAGUUGUCCAUGAGGAAUGAGCAAUCAUUCCCUAUACUGUGCUACCAAAUACACAGCUAAUUCUUUUUGUUUGCUUCGGUUCAUACUUUUCCCUUCCCAAUCUCUCACUAAAGCCCCCGUCUUCUAUGUCUAUGAACUGCUUUCCGCUGGGAUAAUUCUCUUUAUUAGAAUCUUAACUUUUUACAAACAUACCUCCCCAUGUCCACUUAAGACUCCAAUAAUUGUCUCCUUUCUCUAGCAAUUUGUCACAGGAAAGAACUAUUCUCAACUCAGUUCCAUACCGGAAUUACUGUCCCUGAUGCUCCCUUCAGAGAGAUUGAUGGUGCCGGCAAAAGUCAAUCUCUUUACGUGCAUUUCUAAUAGUUUGAUUUCUGUUCCUGUUUUCUUC